UGGGUGAUGUUUAGACUUUAGUUAAGCCAUGCUAUAAAGCAACCAUGAUCUGUGCAAGGUUCCUUGUCUCUCUUCUUCAUAAAUCUAUGUCUAAAUGAAAAAAUAGAGAGCACUAAAAUAUGACAGGCACCAUUUAUGCCAGAAAACAUAGUAGUAUUGCUUUAGAGCAGUAAAUAUCUUCAAACUUUCUCUGCCACUUCAUUGAGUUCUUAUAUCUUGGAUGUUAUGUAUGAUUGUUGUUACUCAGAUAAUGGAGAUGGUGGCCUUCAGAAAUGAGUUCGUUAUUACACACAAACCUCUCUCCAAAAAAACAAAGAACUGACAACGCCCUAAGCUGAUGUAUACACUUCUAAACUUAGGUGUGAAAAAAAAGCUUAACUUUUGAAUACUUGUGGUGAAAAAAUUAAAACUUGCAAGAACAAAAUUCAGUCUUCAGAAUCAUCUUCCUUGGUCAAUAGGAUCAGAGUAUUUCAUCUGGGCUUCUUAAAUCUAAAUCACUCAAAUGAUUAGGUUUUCUUCUUUUUUUCUCCUUGUCCUAGUAGCUGGGACUUGUGUGACUACAGAGUGUUCUGAUACGGAGAUUAUUGGAGGCGGAGAAGUGUCCCCUCACUCCAGGCCGUUUAUGGCUUCCAUUCAGUACGGCGGCAUUCACACUUGCGGAGGAGUCCUGAUCGCUCCACAGUGGGUGCUGACAGCAGCCCACUGCCACAUGCGCUUUACCAAAGGCCAGUCUCCAAUGGUGGUUUUAGGAGCACACUCUCUCUCAAAAAAUGAACCCUCCAAACAAAUAUUCGCCAUUAAAAAAUUCAUACCGUUCUCAAGAUUUCCAUCUGGUCUUCAAUCACAUGAUAUUAUGCUGGUUAAGCUUCAAACAGCCGCGGAACUCAACAAGCAUGUCCAGCUGCUCCACCCAAGAUCCAAGAAUUAUAUUAGACCUGGAACCAGAUGCCAAGUUACUGGCUGGGGAGCCACUGAGCCAGACUUUUCAAGCACCUCUGAUACCCUGCAAGAAGUUACUGUUACUGUGAUAAGUCGAAAACUGUGCAACAGCCCAAGUUACUACAACCGCAACCCUAUUAUAACCAACAACAUGAUUUGUGCAGGAGAUGCCAAAGGUCAGAAAGAUUCCUGCCAGGGUGACUCAGGUGGCCCCUUGAUCUGUAAAGGUGUCUUUCACGCCAUAGUCUCUGGAGGUCAUAAGUGCGGUAUUGCCAAAAAGCCUGGAAUCUACACCCUGCUGACUAAGAGAUACCAGACUUGGAUCAAAAGUAACCUUGCCCCAUCUCAUGAAAAUUAAGAUUACAAAUGAUUUUCUGAGAUCUACCAGUUACUUCUUUUUUCUAUAGUAUGCUCACAGGCCACCUUUAUCUUCAGCCAUAGUUGCAUUUAGGUAAGGCAGAAUAUGGUUGGCAUCCAUUUCUGUACCCCUGAGACUUAUUUUGUUCUUCAAAUCAAGUUCUUUGUCACCUCUAUCACUGAUGUAUUUCUAUCAUGCUGAAUAAAAUUUAGAAGACUCUCUGUUGGUCUUUUAUGGAUAUGAAGUAAUAGCUUCCCCCAUUCCACCCACACUCCCCAAAGGGCAACAAGGUGACGAAAUGAGACAGCA